AAAUAAAUAAAGGCGUUGCAUGAGCACUGGUGAAGGGCGCUUUGGCUGCAUUGAGCACUUGCAAUUUUGAGGUGAUCAAAUUCUGUCCAGGCUCCUGGUUGCAACAUACGGUAACAUAUCGUGCUUUGUGUUGACAUGUCCUGGACUCGCACACACAAACUCAGGGCUAUGAAAUAAAGAUAAUAUAAAAAUACAACAGACCAGAGUCACAGAUACACAAUCUGGGAAAGUAAAACUUAACUUUGUGAGUCUAAUUGCAAUGUGUUUAGACACAUUUAUAUAUGAUGGGGCCAAAGAUCACCUCUUUUACAAAUUAGAUUCAUGAUCAUUCAGUAGUUAUCAAGAUUGUACUACCCGCUGUAGCACAAUCGGAGACGCACCCGAGGCUGCUGCGAGACCAGUGGAGAUCCUCGACCCCACAAGAGCCCCAGGCGCCUAUACCGGAUUCCAUUUUCAGUUCAGGCCCAAAUCCCCGGGGAUUGGUGGAGGCGGAGGCGGGGCUCAGUGGCCUGGGCUGACCGCGGUCACUGGGAAUGGGUCUCACACCCUCCAUUGUAUACACAGCUGCGACCUGGACCCGGACUGGAGCCUCCUCCGCGGGGAUGAACACACCCUACGACUACGCCAGUUACCUCCUCAUAAACCAGCAACUGCGCUCUUGGACAGCACCGGACAAGGCGGCUCAGAUGCUCUGGCGGAGAAACACGCAGAGCUGCUCAAAACCUACCUGCAGGGAAGGUGGGCGGAGCGGCUCAGCAAAGGCCUUAAGAAUAGGAAGGAGACGCUGCAGUGCGCGGGUACCAGCGGCCAAGGGGCGCCUCCCUGAUCUCCUGCAGAUCUGCCCGAACCACCUUCUAAAAGAAGGGGAGGAAAAUGGGACCAACGCUAAAACAUCCCCCUCUCUCUUGUCCUGAGGAGGAAGAGUCCUCCUGGGUUUCCAGAUCCUACACCAGAGAGUGACUGAGGGCCUGCCCUGCACUCUGGGACAAUAAAGGAUGAAGUUUCUGAGGGAAAGGAGGGGAAGACAAUACCUGGAAUACUGAUCAGCUGUCCCCUUUGUCCCCGCAGCAGCCUUGGGCACCAGGAAUUUUUCUCUCAGGCCUUGUUCUCUGCCUCACACUCAAUCUGUAUUUGUGGGUCUGACUCCAGCUCUUUUAAGUCCCUCAGCCUCCGCUCAGGUCAGCACCAGAAAUCUUUGUUCCGGCCUCAGACACUAGAACUUUCCAAGGAAUAGGAGAUUUCCCCAGGUGCCUGUCCAGACUGGUGUCUGAGUUGCUCCCUUCCCCACUUCAGGUGUCCCAUCAAUUCUCAGGAUGGUCCCAUGAAGUGGAAUGUCCCAUAAGGAAUGCAAAGUGCCUGAAUGUUCUGACUCUUCCCCUCAGAACCCCAAAAGACACACAUGACCCACCACCCCAUCUCCAACCAUGAGGCCACCCUGAGGUGCUGGGUCCUGGGCUUCUGCCCUGUGGAGAUCACACUGACCCAGUAGCGGGAUGGGGAGGACCAAAUGUAGGAUGCAGUUUAUGGAGACCAAACCUGCAGGGUACAGAACCUUCCAGAAUUGGGCCGCUGUGGUGGUGUCUUCUGGAGAGGAGCAGAGAUACACAUGCCAUGUGCAGCACAAGGGGCUGCCAGAGCCCCUCACCCUGA